UAACUUUAAGUAAUGAGCCUGGCCUUGGUUUAUAUGGUCGUCUACUGUCUGUUAAUAACCUUCUUAACGUUGACGAUUAUGAUUACAAAAGAACUAUGGGAAUACCUGUGUACUUGUCAUUUCGACAUUAAUACUGAUUAAGCACUAGUACUGCAUGAAAGUGCCAGUCGGAUCCAAAUCAGUUCGUGUCUAUUAGAAUCGAUAUAAUCGAUGCCAUUUAAUGUCCUGUUUUGCUCCUAUGUACUAUCUGGAAAUGUGUAAGCCAAGUUGCAAACGGAAGUGAAAAUUCAAACAACGCGGAAGAAUAUGCCUCAAGUUCGGAUCUGAAAAUGGCCAGUACUAAACAGUUCAUAAGUGAUGGCGAGGUGCUGGCCCAGGCGAAAAACAGACAUGAAGAAACUUUGUUGGGAGUUCGACUGCAGUCCCUGCGACUCAAAGAGGUGAUGCACGAAGAUUGUUUAGCAAAACAGAAGGAACGAUUAAUAGAAUUAAGGAAACAAAGUUUAAGGACAUCAGGAUCUAGUCCGAAUCCAAGGAUGUAUGGAGAUCCUAUUCCUUCUGUGCAGACAAAUGUUUAUCAAAAACCCUGGGCGUAUACAUUCAGUGAGACAACGCAUAAUGCAGUAUAUAAAGAACUUGCUCAACUUCCAAGAAAGUUACCACAGAGGAGGAAGCCAGGAAUUGUCCCUCGCUCGUUAGCACAUUCAGCGCCUGCAUCAAAUAUCCGGAGAGGGGAAACACCUAUUCAAACGAAAAAUCGGCCUAAAUCUGGAUGGGUUACACAUAGUGGCAUUAAGAACAGUAACGUUACUUCCGACGCUGAGGGGGAAAAUGGAGUGCAAAUUCGACCGCAGUCUUGUUAUUUGCCUCGUUAUAGUGGGAACCAUUAUUCGGGAGCUACUAAGCCGUUAGAUUCUAAUAGUGUGCGAUUUUGUCCGACAACUGAAAGGCCACAGACCUGUCAAAACAUUCGGUUUGGUGUUCCAGACAAAUAUAUUGAUAAUAAUAGGAAACAGAAAGUGGAAUCUGAUCCGAUUGUGAACAUACGUUCAGACGAGAUUAAUGUGCCAGACAAUGACGAAAUCGAUUACACCAAAAACCUAAUAGGAAAUCCCAGGAAAAUGGCGCGCUAUGUGUACCACCACAGAAGUAAAGAAGAGUCGCCUUAUGUUUGUUAUAAAGGACGAAAAUUAUUUAAUUAUAUUAAACCGCAAGAACGAUACAAAAAAGAUCCCCUGGAUUUAAUGAGACGUGAAAAACUUGUUAUGAAACUUUCAAUGACUAGUUCGGAAUCGCUAGAAGAGUCUCGAAAAUCUGCUCUGAAAGCCAGGGAAGCCUUUCCCAAAGCCGCUAGAAUCCGUUUGUUGAAUCAUUUAAUAGAAAAUAAUGCUAACAACAAGUCGAAACGUCCAUGUUUAGAUUAUAACGCCCAGCUCCAGGCUAGAAUCAAUGGUUUUCUUAAGUCUAUAGAUGAGUAUUGUGAAACUAGUACAAUGCCAUCGGCUAUGUCUACUGCAAAUAAAUAAAGUACCAAAAUCAUUUAAAACAAUAUGAAGGAAAUAGUCGCGACUGAAAUGGGCUUUAUUUUGAGAAAACGAUUUGAACUAACUGUCCAUUGUAGUGUUCUCUUUCUUUAAGUCAUAUAAAAAUAUCGCUGUUUUCUCUCACCAAAGAAAGUGUAUAUUUUGAGAAUAUAAUAGAACGUGUUAAAAGUUAAGUUGAAAAAUGUCUAUCCACCAAUCCAUUACCAAAACAUAGACGUCUCUCCAUAAAAUACGCUGCUCGCAUAAAAGAAAUGGUUAUUUUCAAAAGGGUUAGGUGGGGGCCAUGUCCGGCUUGAUUCGACUAUACCGAUGAUGUACUUGAUCAUAAUGAGCCACGGUACUGUCGAGGGUCUGGUGUGCAUUGAUUUCUAUAUAAAAUGUUUUAAAAAAAGAAGAGGCUCUCAAAUAUGUUACUAGGAUAAAGUUUUAUUCACUAUAAUAUAUCUGAGACUACUUCCUUCAGAGAGAUUUCAACCGAAUGUCAUAUUUUGGGUGUGUUGGUUACUGGUUUGUGGUGCAUUAAAGCUAAUUCAGACCCCAUUUGGUCUAUUUUGUAAUACAAUAUUAACCAAAUUGAUAAUUUCAUUUAUAGUUGUGGAUGGAAUGCUGGGCGGUCGCACAGAUCAGGUACACUUGACAGUUCCUGGAAGCUGCUUAUAUCAUAACUACAAUAGGCAAAUUUUAGAUUGCGAAUAACAGUGAAUGUAUGUAUGUAAAUCAUCUGCUUCCAGUGCAAAAAGGGUUAGUGCUCUAUAUGCGUUAACGACGACGGCAUUUUUUUCGGAAAUGAUAUGGGGUUUAACGUUCUUCGUUUCUGCACCAACCAGGUUAAUGACGACCGACAUACGCCAUGCAGGGUGCAAUUGGGGAAAUUUUGCCCUGACAGCGGCGGUACGGCUUGCUCUUAUUACGAGUUCCAACUGUCAAGAGUUAUUUUACGUACACCCCAACGUGUACACGGGAUCUCAGUUUUUCGUACCAUCUGAACGAUUGGAAGCCAUUCCUUGCCAGGUCUCCCGCACCAUUGACAAGGGGGGACGUUUUGGGCCAACAAUGAGGUUGAACUCGGAACCUCCUGGUUAGUGAGCCAGGGCCUUACAAUAUACAUUAUAAUCUGUUAAGAAUUGUGUACAGUUUAGUUAGAGAUAUUCACAUUAACAUUAUUAUAUCGUUUUUCAAUAUAAAAAAAACAAAAAGAAGAAAAAAAAAAGGCAAGGAUAUCCGUUUUUUGUGGGCUUUAUAUGGAAUUAAUGAAUAGUGACCGAUAAGUAUACAGUAAAUAAAAUCUAUAAUGCCAGAAGCGUGCUUUUAUAUUUUCAAAAUAGAAAUCAUGUAGAUCGAAUUAUAAAAUCUAUUGGCGUUAUAUAUUUGACUAUAAGAAGUGUUCGUGUUAAAGCGAAAUCUUAUGAAA